AUGAAAGCUUUGCAGAAGAUCAUAAGGCAUCCGAUAGUGUGGAGUGUGUGGCUGUCGGCCAUGGGUGAACUGAUGACAUCGCAGUUCAUUGUGUUGUAUGGGCCAACUUACUUGAAAGAGGUGCUCGGCUUUAGUGUGGCUCACACCGGGUAUUUUGUUGCGUUGCCGCGCGCGCUGCAUUUCUUCUUUAAAAUAGCCUCUGGUAUAGCUAGUGAUAAGAUUAAAUUCAUAACGGAACGUGUCAAGAUGAUUAUAGCGAACUCAAUCGCGUUGAUGGUCUCAGGAAUUUUGUUUUUAUUUUUGGGUUUUCUCUCGCGGAACGUUGCCUACUGCGCUUUGGCGCUGUUGAUGGGCAUCGAGUUGACGACGGGUUUUGUGUGUGCGGGGUUUUAUAAGUGUGCGACGUUGGUGGCCAGGCAAUAUUCACAUUUUGUACUGUCACAAAUCCAGUUCAUUAAGUGUUUAUCGUUAUUUAUUGAGCCAGGCCUGGUGGCUAUUUUUAUUCGAAAUAAUACACUAGUGGAAUGGCGGAUGGUAUUUAUAAUACACGCAGUGGUGCUGAUCGUUGGAAAUGUGGUGUUUUGUAUUGUGGCCACCGAUAAACCAGCCGACUUCACGCAACACAUCGCUGAAGAGAUUAGCAGUAAAAAGAAUAAAAUACAUACUUAA